AGCUUUUUUCGGUUGUCCUAUCUGUUUUUUACUUGAAUAGUUUUAGUUGUUGCAACUUUUUACUUUCACUUCUUUACAUUUGAAAGCCAAAUAUCGACUUUUUACUACAUUCUGCACGAGACCUCGUUACAUUAGUCGCUUAUACAGCGCACCUGAGUGGAGCAGCACAGAAAAACAAAUGGAAAACUGAUAAAGCAGACUCGGCGCGAAUCAGCUUCGCCCAGCUGAUACAACACUGGCAUACACAGUAGCCUAAUGGUCCAAUGCAAAGCUGGACGGUUCCGCCUCACUUUCCUGUCAAAAGUGAACGCCAUAUGUUUAAAACAUUGAUGAGAGGAUGAAGAGGGACUUCUAGGCACGAGAAGAGAAACCAGCUGAGAAGCGCAGCUCUUGUCUGUCUGUGGCUUGGUUUCUUGCCAGACUGUGACUGAACAGUGUUAGAGUGAAAUACAACUGUUUGUUACUUUUGAUAAACGCAGAUAAGCCACGGUGUUUAAAAACUGUAGCUCGGGAGAUGACCGCGUUGCGCGUGGUAAUGCGUGCAUAUGCAUGUCCAAGAAAUUAAAUUCAAGAAAUUCGAGCAAGAAACAUCUGUGGGACCAGUCCAGACAGAAUGUGAGAUGAAUUUGGAGGAGUACUUCAAAAGAAUUGGUUUCCAUGGCUUAUAUGAUAAACCGGAUCUCGCAACACUGAAGUUGAUCCACAAACAGCACGUCAUGUCAGUUCCAUUUGAAAACCUCAGCAUUCACUGUGGAGAGAGGAUCACCAUGGACCUUGACCUGAUAUUCAAUAAAAUAGUGAGGAGCAGCCGUGGGGGUUGGUGCCUUGAGAACAACUUUCUGUUUGGCUGGGUGCUGAGAGAAAUGGGCUACGACACUACGACGUUGGGCUCCAGAGUGUUCAACAGUACCAGCAAUGAGUUUGGCCCUGGUGAAACUCAUCUCGUCAACAAGGUUGUCAUUGAUGGAAAGGCUUACGUCGCAGACGUAAGCUUUGGGGUAUCUUCACAAGUGUGGGAGCCCCUGGAACUCGUCUCUGGAAAGGACCAACCUCAGGCAGCGGGAGUCUUUCGUCUUAUAGACGAGGGGGACAUGUGGGUGCUGGAGAAGACUGGUAGGAGGGCAGAGGUUCUCAAUCCAGACUUUGCCAAAUCCAGUCUGGUGGACAGGAAAGAAACAAAGAAGAUCUACGGCUUCACUUUGGUACCGCGCAAGGCCGAUCAUUUCUUUGAGACAAACCACAAACUCCAGACAGAUCCUACUUCACUGUUCACCAACAAGUCCAUCUGCUCUUUGCAAACCCCAACAGGAUUCAGAGCCCUUGUUGGCUGGACCUACAGUGAGGUCAUCUACAAACCUGAGCAAGGCGUUGAUGUCUUAGACAUGAGAAAUGUAACAGAUGAUGAGAUAGAGCUAAUUCUGAGGGAAAAGUUUAAUGUAAAGCUGCAGAACAAACUGCAGUCUGUAAACAAAACAGCAUGCUACACAAUCUGAAAAACAAGACAUAUUCUGUUUUAAAAUUGUCCUGAAAUUAGGCCACAACCUGUGUUGAUUUCAUGACUGAGACAAGCUACCCGGAGCUUGUUCAAGAAUCUGUUUCAAAAAUUAGCAUUGCCUUUGUUGAUGAUCAAUAUAUAAUGACUGAACUAAUAAUAAACAGUACUUAAAAUGUGUUAAUCCAUUUCAUUCAUUGCCAUGUUUGCAGGUCCAGAGUUGGGAAGUAACUGAGGAAAUUUAAAACAUCUAGUAUGUCAACAAAAAAAGUUAAAGUCUUCAGUAGAACAGAAUGGACAGUCCAGAUGAGACCAAGAUUAAUUUAUAUCUAGAGUGAUGGACAUGUCAAAAAGAAGAGAUGAGCUCAUAAUGAAUAUUGUUACUUUUAACUGAGGUUAGAUGUUCUGUUUGAAAACACCACGAGGCAAUGUCUAUUGUCAAAGAACUUUAAUGAAUCCUUGUCCGAGCAUAAUCGAACUCACUCUAAAUUUUCUGAAAAGCAUGCGUAUGUAAACUGAACUGUUAUGGUCAGUGCAAAGUGCAUUUAAAACUACAUCAAUGAAUAAACAUAUUUAAACUAA